AUGGAAAUCAAUACACCAGUUUGGGAAAUACUUAACUCUUGCAAUAAUUCUGAUACACUUGAAAUAUCUUAUAAUCAAGAAAAUCAUUCAGUGAAUGAUAAUCAGGCUGAUUGCAAUUCUUCACGUCAUUCUGAUUUAAGUCCAUUAAGUCCUACAUAUCAACAUCGAGAUUUAACAACACCUGAUUCUUCAUUACGACCAGUUCAUGCUGAAGUUUGUGUAUCUCCAUAUAAUUGUGAAGAAUUUUCUGUCAUUGAGUCCUGUGUUGUUGAAUUUUUACGUCAUCUUGGUCCACGGCACGUGCCAACUGUUUUGGAAAGUCCUUAUAGUGAUUUGAAUUUAAUCUCAUUGCAUGGGAAUAUGAUGAAAGUUCGGGAAAUUCUUACAAACUGUGUGCUUUCCAUUAAUUUAGUACUUGAUGAAGCUGAUGGACUUCAUGAAAAUGAUGCUGGCCGAUCAGUCAAUCUUUCUGUUGCUGUAAUUUUAAUACAUGUCUAUCAGUUGGUUAGUGGUGAAGAGGCUGUACCAGUCCAAGAAAUUAUUGAAUUCGGUUCAGAGUCUAUUAACAGUGGAACUACAUGGCUACUUCCUUCAUCGGAAAUGUGUGGCCUCUGGGAGUCACUUGUUUACGAUUCGGAUUUAAAACUAAAUCUGUUACAAUAUGCUCAAACUGCUCUGCUGUUCGCCGAUCGAGAGGUGUCAUCAUCUGUGAUUUCGUGGAAUCGAGUUGUUUUGUUAUUUGGUCCUCCAGGAACUGGUAAAACUUCCCUGUGCAGAGCAUUAGCUAAUAAAUUAGCUAUACGAAUGUCUAAUCACUAUUCAUCAGCACAAUUAAUUGAAAUUAAUGCUAUGAAUUUAAUGUCAAAAUGGUUUUCAGAAAGUGCACGUCUUGUCACAAAAAUGUUUGAUUCUAUUAGAGAAUAUCUACAAUCACCGAAACAUUUAGUAGUUUUAGUAGUAGAUGAAGUUGAAAGUUUAACUGCUACAAGAAGUGCUUCAUCAGCAGGCUGCGAACCAAGUGAUGCUAUACGCGUUGUGAAUUCUGUUUUAACUCAAAUUGACCAGAUUAAACGAUUCCCUAAUGUCUUGAUACUGGCCACAUCCAAUGUAACCAGUGUUAUAGAUCCAGCAUUUUUAGACAGAGCUGAUUUACGCAUGUUUAUUGGUCCACCUUCAUCACCAGCUAUCUAUUCAAUUUAUCGUUCUUGUUUACUAGAAUUAAUGAGAGUUGGAUUGAUCAGUUCAACGGAGGACAGUUGUUUAUUAAGUUAUCGAACUUUAUCAUCAGUACAAUUUUCAGAAAAGCAUGCUAAUUCAUUAAGUAUUUCACUAUGGCGUUUAUCUGAACGUAGUUCUGGUCUAAAUGGUCGUACAUUGCGUAAGCUACCUUUAUUAGCUUAUGCAUUCCAUCUGAAUAAAGUAAUCCCUGAUAUGCGAUACAAUUCUAGCCUAUACAGUCGUCAUCAAGUUCACUUACCACAGAAUAGUCAACAAGAAUCAUCUAUUUUAAAUAAUAGUUCAUCCUGUUCUAAUGUUAGUUCAUCAAGUAUGAUAAUGAAUAAUGGAACAAAUAACUCAGCUACACUAUCACCGCCUUUAUCGUUACCAUCACCAUCAGUGUCGAAUUCUGUUCAAUCGAACAGCGUUACACUACAAUGUUUUAUUCGUGCGUUACAAUUAGCUGUAGAUGCACAAUUCAAUGAGUCUAGAUCUCUAGAUUCAGCAUCGUUUGGAAGAGGAGGACGCUUAAAUGGAUAUCAAUAA